CCCACGUGCAUUUCUUUUGCCCAGCAUCGAAAACGGGCACGGGACAGGAGAGUGUAAUUGCACCUGCCAAGUGCCUAGGAGAACUGGAAGUCAAGGGCAAGUCAGGGCAAGGAGAGCUAGGAAUUGACACUGGUUUAUUCAGAAAAUGUUUAUGAAGUCAGUGUAUGAUGAGCGUUUACUCCUUAGGCAGAAGGAGGAGGGACCGAGGGAUGGGCAGAGUCGGGGAGAGAGAGAGGGAGGGAGGGACAGAGAGAUUAUGAGUCUGAACGCCAGGUCAGUGCUGGAAGAGAUGGUUCUCCCUGCUCUAAGGCGCUUCCUGGGAAGUGGCUGAAGGCAAGGGCUUUGGGUAGAGAAAGGGAAGCUGCGCCCUGGGAGUGGCGCACGCUGCCCGGUGCCCCGAAGAACUCGCGCUCCCCAGUCCCUCACAGCUGUACCCGUCCAGGCGGCACCUUUCCCACCUUAACUGCUUGAGAAGACCUGUGCCUUCUGGGGCACCAGGAGCACUAUUUUUCACGGUAGCGAUCCACAGGGCUUUAUGGGGGCUGCUUCUCUAACUCUGCUGCUCUCUUCAAACCUAGAAAGCCAAUCUUGGUUUUAUUGCUCUGAGUUACCCAUUUUCCCCGCAAGAGUCUGUGCUGCCUUUCUUCUUUCUUCUGCAGAGUUAAUGAUUUCUCAGGGGCGCUGCUGUGCCGUGAGUAGGGACGCACGCCCCGGCCGGCAGCUCACCGCACGCCUGGGCACCCUCCGGCUCACUGGGGCUACUUCCUCAGCUGUGAAAUUGGGACAUGGGAACACCCUGCUCCUAGAGUGGCCAUGGGACCACACCAGUUCCGGUGAAGAUAAGGCAAGAAAGUUGAGUAACCCAAUAAAAGUGAAGUUCAUGUAACUUAUGUGUGUUUCUCAUAAAGUUCUACAUCCAGAAAUUGGCUUCAGAGACCAAAAAAAAAAAAAAAAGUGGACUUGUUUGAACAAAAGGAGUUUCUCUUCCUUCAAGCCUCGACAGCUAAGCCUUCCUAGAGCAGCGCAAGCGGCUCCUCCUUUCCCUGCCCUGGCAGAGACUGACCCACUCCAGGGUGAGGGAAGGGCGUGCACUGCGGCCAGCACACAGCAGGGCUCCCUCGGCCCCUGCGUCCAGCCCCGGGAGCUGCAGGCGUUUCCCUCAGGUCCCAGCCCCCACCAUGAGGUUCUGUCCACGGAGACUCACGCACCUGAGCUCCAGUGUCCUGUGGCCCUUGCUUUUGGCCCUGCUGCUCUUCCUCCUCUUCACCCUGCCCUCCUUUGUGAAGGAGCCUCACACAAAGCCUUCCAGGUAUCAAUAUUCAUGGAACAAUGUAAAGUGGGCUUGGGACUCGCUGCAAAGAUCAAUGUCCCUGGUUCCCAGCCUGCAACAGGGGACCAGCGUCCAUGCAGGGCCAGGGAAAGAGAACGGCACCCCGGACACAGACCCUGGGCCCACAGCGCACCUGGCUAGAGGGAGCAGGAGGACAGAGGCCGCCCAGGUGCCACCGCAGCAGCAGGGGACGGUGCCUGGCACAGCAAUGGCCACACUACAGAAGGGACAGGGAGAAGAGAAAAGCCAGGGGGAUGCGCUGCCACCAAGAGGUCAGCACAAGGAGAUGGCCUCUGUCGGGUCAAAGGCACCAACACUGCAAAGUCAGCACAGGACGACAGGAGGCAGGAGGGACCAGAAGGGGAGGCCAACAACGGCAGGGACGGUAUUGAAAAGGCCUCAGGGCAAAGCGCUGGCCACCACAGGAGCAGUUACAAGAAGGACAAGAAAGAAAGCAAACACCACAGCAGCUGUCCCAGCCAAAGAGAAGGCGGCACAGGCCGCCCCUGCACCUUCCCCGCGCCCCACCACGAGUGAACGCCAAAGACUGAAGGCCGCCAACUUCAAGUCGGAGCCCCGGUGGGAUUUUGAGGAAAAGUACAGCCUUGACGUGGGGGGUCUGCAGACGACGUGCCCUGACUCAGUGAAGAUCAGAGCCUCCAAGUCCUCGUGGCUCCAGAAUCUCUUUCUGCCCAACCUCACUCUCUUCCUGGACUCCAGACACUUCAACCAGAGCGAGUGGGAGCGGUUGGAACACUUUGCACCUCCCUUCGGCUUCAUGGAGCUCAAUCACUCCCUGGUGCAGAAAGUCCUGACCCACUUCCCGCCAGUGCCCCAGCAGCAGCUGCUCCUGGCCAGCCUGCCUCCGGGGAGCUCGCACUGCAUCACCUGCGCCGUGGUGGGCAACGGGGGCAUCCUGAACAGUUCCCACGUGGGCCAUGAGAUAGACAGCCACGACUACGUGUUCCGGUUGAGCGGAGCUCUUAUUAAAGGCUACGAACAGGACGUGGGCACCCGGACCUCCUUCUACGGCUUCACAGCCUUCUCCCUGACCCAGUCGCUGCUCUUGCUGGGCAGCCGGGGUUUCCGGCACGUGCCCGUGGGAAAGGACAUUCGCUACCUACAUUUCCUGGAAGGCACCCGGGACUAUGAGUGGCUGGAAGCAAUGCUUGUGAAUCAGACCCUGGUGAAAAAAAACCUUUUCUGGUUCAGGCGCAGGCCCCAGGAAGCUUUUCGGGAAGCCUUGCAAAUGGACAGAUACCUGUUGCUACACCCAGACUUUCUCCGCUAUGUGAAGAACAGGUUUCUGAGGUCCAAGACCCUGAACACCACCCACUGGAGAAUAUACCGGCCCACCACUGGUGCACUCCUGCUGCUCACGGCCCUGCAGCUCUGUGACAAGGUGAGCGCCUACGGCUUCAUCACCGAGGGCCACGAGCGCUUUUCUGACCAUUACUAUGAUAAAACAUGGAAACGACUCAUCUUUUACAUAAACCACGACUUCAAGUUAGAGAGAGAGGUCUGGAAGCGGCUGCAUGAUGAAGGUAUCAUCUGGCUGUACCAGCGUCCCCAAAAUCCGAACGCGAAGAACUGACUGGCGCCUGGGCUGCAGCGGUCUCUUCUUUACCUCCUCCAAAACAUGGGGUGCUGAGGGAGUCUCAAGGCUCCUCUGCCAUCUGCCCAGGGCUUGAGCCAGCCUGCAUCCUAUGAAGAAAUCUCCCUCAAGACGGCAGGGAGUUGGAGUCCUUUGGAAAGUUGCUGCAGGUUCUGAUGGGGUUCCCGAGGACACUUGUAAUUAACGGGAGCGAUAAGUGGUCAGUGCCCCUAAAUUGCUAGAAAAGCACUCUCCACUGUCCAAAAGCCACGUGGCGCAGAGGAAAGAGCCGAAGCGUGCAGAGACUUCUAGAUCGAGUUUGAAUUCCAGAUCCUCUACUUGGACACUGUGAAGUCUUGGAGUUAUCUGAAGAUCCUUCCAGCCAUCAUCUCAGUCUAGAAGGACUGCACUUUUCCUUGUUCUCUGAGUUAUUUGACAGCUCCAUGUACUGUAUAAAGCAGUGAAACGGGGCUGGGGAUUUAGCUCAGCGGCACAGCGCCUGCCUGGCAAGCACAAGGUCAUGAGUUCGAUUCCCGGUACCGGAAAAAAACCAAAUAAAUAAAUAAAUAAAUAAAAAUAAAACAGUAAAACAAGUGAUUCCUGCCCGUGAAGACGCAAAUAAAUUUUAUACAAUGAAGAUUUUAUAACUCCAGGGAUAGUCACCAGUCUAACAUCAACUCGAGAAUUCCUUCUCACAGUCCCGAUUGUCAAAAUGUGUGUCUGUGAUUGGGAUUCUCUGCCGAACCAGUUUUUACUUUUUACUGGUUCUUUCAUUAAUGAAUAAAUAAAAUAUUUGACACG